AUGGGUACCAAACAAAAUGAAAGUCGUCCAGUAUUUGCAGUGAUUGGUGAAGAUCGUUGGAAGAAGACUUAUUUAUUAGUGGUGAUUCUGAGACAUCCUUCUAUUUGUAUUACUCCGUUGGAUCAUAUUCUAUGGAGAGAAUUGGAUUCAAGUCAAGACUUCCAAGCUUUUGCUCUUGGUAUCAAUCCAUAUGGUACACACGCAUAUGUCGUACAGUUAGAGACACCGAAACCACUCUUUGUAUUUCCAAACAAUCAACAAGAAAUUGAACCAACACGUUUGCAAUCAUUACCUCAUCGUAUAGUUAGUCUAAUGACAUGGAAUUCUCAUAGUGUUGGUCUAGUUGUCGAUGCUCCUGCUGUGAUUCUUAUACCUGCAAGCCUUCCAGGAUAUUAUAGUGCAAAAAUAGAGAAAUAUGGUGCCAUAGCAAUAUAUAAAUCAAUAUCAUGUAUACCAAGUACUCAUCAAGUCAAGAGAAGUUUUGGACCUUGUAUGAUUUGUCCACUCGGUUCGAAAAAUGAUGGUAGUGCUGGAGAGAUGUGCGUCAAAUGUACGACUAAUGAUACAUUAUGGUGUUUUAGCGGUGCUAUUCAUGAAAUUGACAUGACAAACAUCACAAGUUAUGAUCAGGCGAAUCCAUAUCCAGAGUCACUUCAUACAACAGAAUUUGAUGAUAUACUUUUGCAGAAUAUUUUUCAAUUAUCCUUCGAAAAUCGACAUUGUGUGCUAGUUUCACCUCUAUUUUGGACAUGUGUUGCAGUAGGUUGUUGUAUAAUGAUUUUUAUUAUGAUCCAACUUCUUUCACGUUGUUCGAAAUCUCAAAUUCGGCUACAAUUUUUUGAAAAACUCUUCUCUCAUUUCGAUGUUAUUAGCGAAGGAAAACAUUGGUUAGGUGGACUGAUAUCGUUAUCAUUACUUGUUCUAAUCACAUUUGUCUGUAAGUUUAGCAUAUCAUUUGCUCAUUUAUAUCCAAUCGAGGAAACAUCAUUUGAAAAACGACAAAGUGCAUCAUGUGAUGAUAGAUUGUUGAAUGCUAAACUGACAAGUUCACUACAGUUACUCUCAACAUUAGAACACGAAAACGAAAAGCCAAUAUUUACUUUACUAAAUGAACAGAAUAUAACUCUAAUUGUUCAGUUUAUUAGUACAGGUUAUACAUGCGAAAAUGUAAUAUUGCAACAAAAUCGAGAUCGUGGAUUAAGCAUUCCAUUCACAAAUUUCAACUGUUUGGAAAGUAAUGGAAUAUUAACCAUUACUACACUAUUACCGCAACAUGUUGUGGCGAUGCAAUUUAAUUUAAAUGGGCCACAUUUUGUCGGUGGACUUCGUCUCUGCUUUUCAGCACCUUCAGUUAUCAAUACUAAUGCUUAUUCGAAGGUUCAACAAAUGAAUACAUGUCAGUUCUUUUACACUCCAAAUCAAACACUAACAAAAGAUCCAACAGUAAACGUGAAAAUGACUAAAGUAAUUAAUCGAACUGCCGGCUUGACAAUUCAUGAGAAUACAACAUAUACAGGCAUUUGGUUGCCUUCUUUCACUGUUAAUACUCUAUCAGAUGAAUUAUUAUUUUCGCUAGGUGCUGAAUAUCUUCGCUAUGUACCCAAAAAAACUACUUUAGUUGUAGUUAUAACUGAAUCUGAAUUUUAUAUGAAGAAUACACAAGAACCUAUUGCUCGUCAAUAUGAAAUUGUGUUUAGUACGGUUCUAUUUGCAAGUAAGACUGUAAUACUUAGUAAUGAUGAUAAAUAA